AUGGGCUUUUAUUCACAAUGGAAACAAGUUGAAUCACUUGUAAAAAACAAGCCCUACAAACACAAAAGUUUUAAAACUUUUCUUGAAGCCCAACAAGCUUUUAACCAAUUUUAUGAAGCCAAAGGAGUUACACCUUCUUCAUAUAACCAUCUUAAUGAUAAUAUCCAGCUCAGACCCAAAUAUUACGAAGACAGUAACCCAAGAGCUAGGCCCAGAUUGCCAGCCCAACUCUUCAGACCUCCAAAUCCCAAUCAGAGAUUGAGAAUGAUAUCUUUCAAAGAUAUGAUUCAAUCUAGUGUUGAGACAGAUAAUCUUCCAAACAGAUUUAAAACUAUUGGAAAAAUUCCAAAAUCACAAGAAGAACCACUUUUUAGUGGAAUUACUUUACAGAACUUCCUUCAGUGUGAAGAAGAAGCCAAAACAGUUGGAGAUUCUGAUCCAAAUAAAACAUAUUUUGGGACAAUUGAAAAACAAUUUGAACAGUUCAUCUUUUGUGAAGGAUCUGAACGAACAAUAAUACAAACAGCUUUUCAUUGUGGUUUAAUCAAAAUGAUACUCCUCGGUGAGAAAAUGGAAGAAAUCAAAUUAAUUGAUGACAAAUUAUUAAAUGCCCUGAAGGAUUUCAAGAAGUAUGUUAUUAAAGACCAAGAACUUCAUAUGGUUCUAAAGAUAAACAGUACAAUUCCGUUAUGGAAUAGUGAAGGACUUUUGAUCAAAGGAUAUCAUCAUAUCCAAAUCAAGACAUUACCACAGAUCACUUUGAACAAACCAGUUACAACAAAGAUUGAAUGUGUAAGUGAACAAACUCUCGACGAAUGGAGAAGUCUUUCAUAUCAAAGACUCUUAACUGGUUUAAGAGCCUUCAAUAAUGAGUCAAAAAUCAAGGUGAAUUUCUCAUCAAGUACCAUCUUGGUGACAAGUAAGACAUGA